CCGGACUCCGCCGGUGUGCCGCAGCUCCGCCGCUCUGUGCGCUUCAGAUGUGAUCUGCGCCAUUCAUCCGAGCGCGGCGUGGGCACACCUGGUCGGAGAGAAGGCUGCAGUUUACCGACUCCAACAGCUCCGCACAGAGUUAAUCACUUGAGGAAUGCGGCGGUGCCAUUAAGGACGAAGCGCGCAGCUGAAACUCCGCACUCAUUCCAACUUUCGUGCUUUUUCGGCGAAGGAACGUGAAGAAACCCCUAUAUAACAGGGACCAUGGCCACGGGAGGGUUCAAAUCUAACGCCACCACGGAUUUCCUCGAGGAGUGGAAGGCGAAACGGGAGAAAAUGCGGGCCAAAAUGCUGGGGGACAUUGCGGCGGCGACGGGCGCUCCUCUGGGAGCCGCGAGCUCAAACAGCUCGUCCAACAUCCGCCACGCUGCUCCUCCCCCCGCCUCCCCCCCGUCCCCGGGCUCCGAGCCGCCCUACGCCUCCUCCGGGAGCUGCCACCCCUCCGUGUCCCGCUCCUCCUCCGGCUCGGCCCUGAGCCAGCCGGCCCCGGCCCAGAACCCGAACCAGGGCCAGACCGAGCUGGACUGCAGCCCCAUGGCCUGCAACGACAGCGACAAGGAGAGCCCGUCACCCGGGAAGGGCAAGGAGAAGAAGAGCGGCGGGCCCAGCGCCAGGAAGGGCAAAGGUCAGAUCGAGAAGAGGAAGCUGAGAGAGAAGAGGAGAUCCACAGGUGUGGUCAGCAUCCCGUCCAAUGAGAGUCUGGACGAGCUGGAUGACGACGAUGUUGGGGAGAAGGACCGGAGGGAGGAGGAGGAGCUGGUUCAGGCCAACACCUUCCAGAACGAGUCCAUGACGGCCGACCCCGCCACCGGCUACUUAAUGGAGACUCCCAGAUCUGGAACAAGCCGCCACAAAAGUUCUGAAGAAGAGGCGAGGCAUCGACACAACCGCCAAGGCCGAGACGGAGGAGCCGGAAGCCUGGAGAAGAGGAUAGAAGAUCUGGAGAAGGAGCUGGCCAGAGAGCGGCAGGAGAACGGCCGGCUGCAGAAGGCUCACCAGGACAAAGACGAUCUCAUCGGGAGGCUGAGAGAAGAAAUCGACCUGCUGAACAGAGACCUGGACGACAUCGAGGACGAGAACGAGCAGCUGAAGCAGGAGAACAAGACGCUGCUGAAGGUGGUGGGUCAGCUGACGAGGUAGAACCCGGAGCCACCGGCCUGACCGACCGUCCCGCUGUGCCACCGCGCCGCCUGUUCUCCGUGUCUGUUGUCUGUUAGAGGUGAGACUGUUGGCUAGUCGUCCUCGGAGGCUUGUGGCCUUUAAAAAACACACUCCCUCCCCCGAGGAGGGUUUCUUCCAUGUGCGGUGAAGGCUGAGCUGAGCGGUGGAGGUCGUCCUUUCCAUAUUUAAUGUAAAUGUUUUGUAUAUAGGCCACUUAGAUUAAUUUUUUUGGUUUUUUUUUGGAUUUCUGAUAAAGUCUUUAAAAAAGAAAAAAAAAAAAAGGAAAAAUAUAUGAAUGUAUGUGCUGCAAAAAAAUUACAAAUGGCUUAAAAGAGGCUAAAAUGGAGACUUGACAUCCAUCUGCGGCGUUUGGAUUGUGUCUGAGGCCGAAGCAGUUUGGACCAAAUUCAGCAGGAGUCGGCAGCCAAAGCUCCGCAGUGCCUCACAGUCUGGAAAACACGAACACUGGUGGAAGCCUGGAGCUUCGGUCGCCAGCAGCCGCACCAGAUCCGCCUCUCGGUACAUUUUUAAUCCCACUUGAGGGUGGAGGUUUGGGUGGGGGGGCUUCUACAAAUCUGAAUAAAGGCUCAUUUUAAACAUGUUAUACGAUCAAUUCGACGCUUUUCUUUAUCAAUAGUUUCUUCUUGAGGUUAAUGAGUUUUAUUCCUGUCAGUGGAGAAAUGUUUGGGACUGUUCUGGAAGCAGAAUGAUGUGUGUGUGUGUGUGUGUCAUGGUACUUCUGAGGUUCUAAUGGGGUUUCUUUGCCCUCAGCCUAGACUCACAGGUUUGCUUCUCCUUGUGAAGUUAUAUUUGUAAUCACUUUGAUUUACGACUAAUCAACUUGGUAUCAAUAAAGACCAAAAGGCCUGAUGAGCGUCAGCCUGCCAGUCCAAACUGGGGGCAAAAAAACCCUCUGUGUAACAGCAGAAG